AUGGUCGUUCACAAGAAGAAGCGUGCCAAGCUCAAUUUGACCGCCGGCCGGCCGCCAACCAUCCAGAAACCAAAGUCCAUCUCCAGGAAGGCUACGAGGACACUUAUCAACCAAAUCCACACUUUGGAGAAGCGAAGGAAGCAGGCUGCUCAGAAUGGCGAUGCAGCUGCAGAAGCAGCCAUAACCUCGGAAAUCGCCUCGCUGGGCGGCAUCGAGAAGUACCAGCAGGCAAGCCUCCAGGGACAGCGCAACGACCGCGGAGGAGACAGCUCCAAGAUCCUGCUGGACUGGCUGAAGCCCGUCAAGCCCACGCUACAGGCGCUGGCAGAUUCGGAUCCACCACAUCGUCUGCGCAUGCUGGAGGUCGGCGCACUGAGCACGACCAAUGCGUGCUCUCUGAGCGGCCUAUUCGACCUAGUCCGCAUUGAUUUGAACAGCCAGGAGGAGGGCAUCUUGCAACAGGACUUUAUGGAGCGACCCCUGCCUAAGGACGAGGCCGAACGGUUCGAUAUCAUCAGCCUGUCAUUGGUGCUGAAUUUCGUCCCUGAGGCCGGUGGAAGAGGUGACAUGCUUCUCCGCACUCUUGAGUUCCUCCACCCGCCGUCACGCUUCAGAGACGAGACGAAUGCAGGGCUGAAACCGCACUUCCCAAGCCUUUUCCUCGUCCUGCCUGCACCUUGUGUCUCGAACUCGCGCUACCUGGAUGGGGGGAAACUCAAUGCCAUCAUGUCGUCCCUUGGCUACCAGCUGACGGAAUCCAAGACUACCCAGAAACUUGUCUACUAUCUAUGGACGCGGGUUGCCGAUAGCGCCCCGCUCCUGCGGUCAGGUGCAUCUUUCACCAAGAAAGAGCUGCGCUCGGGUGCCUCCCGAAAUAACUUCGCCAUCGUCCUCAAACCUCGUCCGGAAUGA